AUGGCCGACCCUGGAAUGGAUUACGAGAACCCUGAGGGUGACCGCUACGAGGGUAUGCUAUUCUACCAUUGCUAUUUGAGCCAAUAUCAUCAAUCACGUACUAACACGUUUCCUUCCCUAGCAGAAGAAGCUCCUCGUUACCGCGAUCCUCGCAGCGCCUCCCCUCGCCCGACCGGUGAUGAUGGUCAUGAGCCUCGUCGCUCUGCCUCUCCCAACGGCCACGACGACCGUGGCCCACGUGAUCACGGAAGCAAGCGAGGUGGUGGUGGCGGCGGCGGCGGCGGCGGCGGCAACGGCGACGAUGAUGAUUCCUCCAUCAACCCUGGUUCCAACUUGUUUGUGACUGGCAUCCACCCCAAGCUUUCGGAAGGAGAGGUUACUAGAGUCUUCGAGAAGUAUGGUGAGGUUGAGAAGUGCCAGAUCAUGCGCGAUCCUCACACCAAGGAGUCUCGAGGUUUCGGAUUCGUCAAGAUGGUCACAUCCGACCAGGCUGACGCCGCUAAGGAUGGUCUCCAAGGUGAGGUCAUCGAAGGCCGCACAUUGAGCAUCGAGAAGGCCAGACGUGCCCGUCCCCGUACUCCCACUCCUGGCAAGUACUUUGGCCCACCUAAACGCGGUGAUCGUUUCAACGACCGUAGAGGCGGCGGCGGUGGUGGUGGACGUUACGGUGGUGGUUACGGCGGUGGACGUGAUGAUCCUUACCGUUAUCGCGGAGGUGGUGGUGGCGGCGGUGGCUUCAGAGACGACCGCGGUGGCGAUCGUGAUCGCAGCUACCGUGAUGACCGUGGCGGUUAUGGCCGAGACUAUGAUCGCGACCGCAGCUACCGUGACGACCGUGGUACCGGUUACGGCGGGCGUGACUAUGACCGUGGUGCAGGUUACGAAAGACGCGAGCGUGGUGCCGGCGGUGGUGGUGGUGGUGGUAGCGGCGGUGCCGGCGCUGGCGGCGAUGACUAUAGCCGCGGUUAUGGUGGUCGUGGUGGCGAUGACCGUGAAGCUCGCUAUGCUGGCGGUCGUGGCGGUGAUGAUCGUCGUGCCCCCGGGUACGAACGAUCAGACCGCGGUUACGACCGUGGCGACAGAGACGGCCCACGAACUCGUGAGCCUGCUGCUUCCGGUUAUAGCGAAUCCGCAUCCCGGCCUGAAGGUCGUGACGCCUACGCAGGUGCGCCCUAA